UGAUUGAGCAACCAAGGUUCAGCGAUAUCGACUAUCGAUUCGAGUAUCGAUUGAGCAACAAAGAUCCCCGGUUUGUUGCACCGUUGUGUCGCCAUACCAAAAAAUACUAGUCUUCCUCCUCCACGUUCCUCAACUUCUUUCUUUCUCUCUCUCCUCCUACGCAGUUUCCCAUGAAACCAGCCCGAUUACAGGCCCCUCCUUCAACAAAACUUCAACAUUCUUCAACCUCCAAACCCAUUAUACUAAUAUUUCCCCAACUUCCGAAGAAUCUCCCUAUCUCCCUCUUUCUACGCCUUUAACCCCAUAAACAACCACCUUAAACUUGCACCCUUUUCUCUCUCCUCUCUUUUUCUGCUGCGAUCACACCUUAGAAGCUACGACAACCGCCCUAUUUUUUCUGGGUACCCGCCUUUUUCCUCCUUCUCAAGGUAUACCAUUUCCCCUUUGGUGGCAAUCACUAAUUUUAUUGAUCUCCCCUUGAACUUUCAAUUUACACAUUAUUGACAUAAAUUAGGCCUGAUUUAGAGUAAUUUUGGUGCUGAAUAUAAAGGGGUAUUUGGCGAAUUAGAGGGUUGAUUUGUGGGGAGAGAGGAAGGGGUGCUCAGAUCUAAUUUUGGAUCGUCCCUUCCUAUGGCAAAUAAUUGGGUUUUCUCAGGGUUUUUAAAACCCCUUUUUAUGUGUGUUGUAGUUUUGCAUCUUGGUUGUUUUAAUCUAUCGUUGGGUUCUUCUGAUUCAAAAUGCUCAAAUGACACCUCUUUAGCCGGUUUUCGGUCCGAAUUUGUAAUGCUUCAACAUCAAUUGAGAGGGGUUUUUACCAUACUUGAUAAUUGUUCUUUUAGGGUUAGUGAAUUCGAUAUGCUCCCUGGGUCUGAUCAUGUGCAUUGGUGGGGUGGUUUAGGUGAGAGUUUUGUUAAUUUGACGAAUGGGUUUAUUAUUUCGGAUGAGAAUUUGAAUAGGACUUAUAGAAAUGACAGUUUUGAUGUUCAUUUGAGGAGUAAUGUUAGUUGGGAUCAGAUUAAAGUAGUUUCUGUUUGGGAUUCUCCCACUGCCUCUGAUUUUGGGCAUGUUGUACUUCAUGACUCGGUGAAUGGGUCCGAGAUUUCAGCCCCCCCAGCACCUGCACCAGUGAGUGAUAGUAGUAAUAAUGCAACAAAUGAGAAGAAAUGGCGGUAUGAACAACCUACGAUGUUUGAAAACUGUAAGGUUUUGUCGCCUAAGUAUAGGGUUCGGUGGACCUUGAGAGGGGAGGAGAAUGUGAUUGAUAUUGGUUUAGAGGCAGUGACUGGGAUUCAGAACUACAUGGCUUUUGGGUGGGCAAACCCUAAGGCUUCCUCGGGGUACAUGCUUCUUGCUGAUGUUGCUGUUACAGGAUUUACCGAGGAGGGUAUGCCAUUUGCCGAGGAUUACUAUAUUACAGACUAUAGUGAGUGUUCGGUGGAUGAGAAUCAUGUUGCUCGUGGUGUGUGUCCUGAUUCAUUGUAUAAUGGGUCUGAUUCAGUUAAUGAUACACAUCUAGUUUAUGGGCACCGAAAAGAUGGUGUAUCUUUCAUCCGUUACCAGAGACCACUAAAAGCGAGUGAUCCAAAGAAUGAUGUCCCAGUGAAUCAAAUGGAGAAUGUGACUGUAAUUUGGGCAUUGGGUAGGAUAAAGCCACCAGAUUACCUCCGACCUUAUUCUCUUCCCCAGAAUCAUGGGGGUCCUCGGUUUGAGACCUACGGAUAUUUAGUUCUAAAUGUUUCAGAGCAAAUAAAUGAUUGUACAGGACCUCUCGAUGCAGAGGACAAGGAAGAUCAAGAUCUUGUGAUUGCAGAUGCUAAUGCGCCGCUUCUUGUUACUUCUGGGAUUGGUUUGCAUUAUCCAAAUCCCCCUAAUCCCUCAAAGGUGCUCUAUAUCAACAAGAAAGAGGCUCCACUUCUGAGAGUGGAGAGAGGUGUUCAAGUCAAAUUCUCGGUGCAAGCUGGGCAUGAUGUCCCGUUUUACAUAACAUCUGACCCGUUAGGUGGAAAUGCGACAGAGAGGAACAUUUCAGAGACUAUAUAUGCCGGUGGAGCUGAAGUUGAAGGAGUUCCAGCUAGUCCCAAGGAAUUAGUUUGGACACCUCACAGGAACACUCCAGAUCUUGUUUAUUAUCAAUCAGCAUAUGAACAGAAAAUGGGUUGGAAGGUUCAAGUUGUUGACGGGGGCUUAUCAGACAUGUAUAACAACAGUGUUGUUUUGGAUGACCAGCAAGCUAGUUUCUUUUGGACUUUGUCUCAAAACUCGAUAUCUAUUGCAGCCCGUGGCGAGAGAAAAAGUGGUUAUCUUGCCAUUGGUUUUGGUAGUGAAAUGGUGCAUAGUUUUGCUUAUGUUGGUUGGUUUGACAGUGACGGGAAAGGUCGGGUUGAUACCUAUUGGAUUGAUGGCAGAGGUGCCUCCGAUGUCCACCCAACAAAGGAGAAUCUAACAUAUGUGAGAUGCAAAUCUGAGAACGGGGUCAUCACUUUGGAGUUUACCCGUCCCCUUAAUCCAUUAUGUCCGAAGAAGGACGAAAGGCCUGAAUGCAAAAACAUCAUAGAUCAAACUACCCCUCUGAAAGUCAUCUGGGCUGUGGGUGCUAAAUGGUCCAGUGACCCCUUGACAGAGAAAAACAUGCAUUCUGCUCAUAGCAGUCGCCCUGUCCGGGUGAUGCUUAAUCGUGGUUCAGCAGAAGUAGAGCAGGACUUGAGACCGGUGUUAGCCGUUCAUGGAUUUAUGAUGUUUCUUGCAUGGGGGAUUUUGCUUCCUGGUGGGGUACUCACUGCAAGAUAUCUGAAACAUAUGAAAGGUGAUGGUUGGUACCAAGUUCAUGUUUAUUUGCAAUAUUCAGGGUUAUCAAUUGUGCUGCUUGGAUUCCUCUUUGCUGUUGCUGAACUGAAAGGCUUGUUUAUUACCUCUUUACACGUGAAACUUGGAUUGUCUGCUAUAGUUUUGGCCUGUUUUCAACCCAUGAAUGCAUUACUAAGGCCAAAGAAACCAUCCAAUGGCGAGGCUCCUUCUUUAAAAAGGGUAAUAUGGGGAUACUCUCAUGUAAUUAUCGGAAGAUCAGCUAUCAUUAUAGGUAUGGCUGCCCUUUUGACAGGAAUGAAACAUUUAGGAGAGAGGUAUGAAGAGGAUGUCAGACGGCUUACGUGGGCUCUGAUAUGCUGGUUUUUGUUUGGUGGAGUGACCAUCGUAUAUUUGGAGUAUCGGGAAAAGCAUCGUGGUGAAAGAAGCUCGGGAAGAGGCAAGUGGGUUCUGGGUAACGAAGAAGAUGAUUCUGCUGAUCUAUUGAGCCCUACUGGCACAUAUGCUGAGAAAGAGGCUCAUCUUUCAGACAGAAAUGGCAUGGAAGUUCAGUUGGAGCCCCUUAACAGAUAGAUAGCUUUUAAGACAGCCUGAAUUUUUUAUAUGUUUAUACAGACUUGUACUCAAUUUUGCCUUGUUUGUGAAUUACGUCCAAAGAAAAGUAGAGGAAACGGCUUUUCAAUAUAGGAUCAUAGAUGGAGAUAGUUGACUCCAUUUAGAGUAAAAAAAGAGUUUUACUUGCCAAAUUCUCAUCAUGUAUACUUAUUGUGAUUUUUGUUCUGUAUACUUAGCUCAUGUUGAAUGCAUAGAAAAAUCCACUUGCA